GAUUCCUGGAGCGCCUUGUCGCACACAGUGCAUUCCGGGGAGUACUGUGUGAAGUACCACCGGGGGCUAAACAUUUAUACCCUGACGGUUGAAACGAAGGAAGGAGCGGGAUCGAGCAUGGAGAGCGACGUCGUCUGCCUCCAAACGCACAUACAGAACCAUCAGCACAUGAAUACCAGUGAACACCCACACCCUGAGCAGGAAACCAGUUGCGAGGACUGCAAUUUGGGCCAGGGAGCUGAGGGCCACACAGCUGUUCCGAGUUGCCAUCCUGGUGAAAUGGCGUCAGAAGGAAACCAAGGAGAUGCUUCUGUCCCGCUGGCUCUUGCUGCGAUGCAGGUUUUGGCCCUUGCCUGCCCUGAGGAAGAUAGACAGCUGAAGGUGCCCUUAGACACGCCAAAAGAUUCGUUGAGGCUGGAGGAAGCGGCUAACCCAGAGUCUUCCUGUGAGAGUCGAAAUACAGUUACCAGGCUGCACAAAGAGGAAGAGGCGGAGUCAGCCUUUGCUGUAGAGGCCGGGGCAACACUGGAGGCAAAUGACGGCAGGCUGAGCCCGCUUGCUGGGCUUCACAGUGCUGUCGGCCUCCCACCCUGUGGAAAUACAAGCCAGGAAGUUGGGAUGACAACCCCCAGCGUUGCUUUGGAGGAAGGACACCUGUGUGGAAGGGGUACCUCUGACCAGGAAGUGCAGGCAGCUGAAGUGAAAGAAGCUCUUAGUGUCCCUUCGAAGCCUCCGACUUCCCGCAAGGACCAGGAUGCAAGCAUGGGGCAGGGCGAAUGCAGGAGCUGUACGGGGACUGCGGAUGCUGCAACCCAGCAGCGUGUGGCGAAUGGGGAGAGGGAUUGUGAGCCUGCUGGAGCCACGAAAACUUUGCUUCCAGCUGGUGCAGUGCUGAGAGAGCCUGCUGCAAACUUCCCAGGAGACAGCGCUGCUUCUGCUACCCGUAAAGGUGAGGGGGUUGAAGCGGUGGACCUACAAAGUGAUGCACCUGCAGAUAGUGGCGCAGGUGUUAGUCUUUUCGAGAGCGGAAGUAGCAAAACGGCAGGAUCAGAGACUCCCAGCGACAGCGGGAAGGAGGAUUUUACAAAGUGUCCGGAGGGCUGUGAGCUUCCUGGUGAGGAGGCACAGAGCACAAGCCCGAGCCCUGCAACAGAAGCGGCGGCAGCAGCAGUGAACGUGACAGGGAUUUCCGAGUCUUCUCCAAAGCGUGACCCUGGGGUGGAAGUGCAUGAGUGUGGGCAGAAACCGGAAGGUGGAAACCUGCCUACUGACACUCAUUCUGAUGCCAAUGUGGAAAAUGAUGAGCUGGGUCGAACGUUUGUGGUGGAGCCCAAAGCCCCUGGCGUCACUGAUAAGAGAACAGAGCCUGUGGCCGAGGUGGGGGAUAAGCAAAAAGACCUUGAGCCGAUGCAAUCGGGAACCGAAACUGCUAGCUGUGGCUGUGGAGGAAGUGCUGCCUCUACCAGCCUCAGCCAGGGGGCAUCUGAUACUUGUGAUGCUCAGAAAGGAGCUGUCAACAUUGAGGAACAAGUUGGCGCCCCUGUAUUGUGUGUGGAUUCUGCUGAUGCCUCUGAACUGCAGGCAGACUCGCUCAGCCCUCCAGUGUCGUCCGCUGCCCAAGAGGAGCCUCUUCCCCUUCCCAAACAGGCAGAGGUGGAGGAAAGCAGCCGAGAGCUGGACCGGUUUAGCAAAAGCGCUCAGGAAUUCAUUGCCCUGGCUUCUUCCUUGCUUGUCGAAGAAGCGAUCCAGCAGGCCCAGCUGAUCGUUGCUCAGGAGAGCAAGGCCAGAGCGGCCCCUGUUGGCCAGGAGGCAUCUCUGCACCACCAGGACCUUGCCCUACCUUUGUGUGGCAAGGGCACCGAGUGUGCACAGGAUAAUGUAAUGGGCACACCCUCUGCUAUUCAUAAUAGAGAAUCCAAACAAAUCCAGGAAGUAGGAGCAGCAGCAGCAGCAGCAGAGACAGCAACAGAGCCGACGGCAGCUGCCGCAGAGGGAAGCCCUGUUUGCAGCGAGGAAACGGCAGAGACUCUCUCUCUGGUGGAUCACCGGGGAGAAAACCAAGAGGGCUUUUCCGCACAACUGCCUGGAAGCGGACAGGAGCUGCCUGGCAAAGAGGAGGCUUUGUCGGAGGGCCCGGCACCAGCAGCUGUUGUGCAAUCCCCUCCUCCUUGUUGUCAGGGCAAGGAGCUGGGAGGCAACGAAAGUAAUGCUAAACCAGGGUUGAAGGGAGAAGCCUCCAGCUCAGGCACUGAUGAGAAUGCGAAGGCGUGUAUCUCUGGGGAUGCCCUGCCAGGCCCUGGACCGCCAGAGGAUGGCUCUCUGUGCCCCCGCGAGGCCCCCUUCCCCGAUGCUACGCUGAACCAAGAACUUGAGCCCAGCUGCCCAGAUCCGUGUGCAGCCCCUCCACCUGGUGGGGUUGCCGAUUUAAUGGAAGCCCCCUUGGUCACUAGCGAUCUACCCGUUGCAGCCAUUCUUCCACGGGAAGGAGGGGAGGAGGUGGAGAACAUGCCUUCCAGAGUAUUGCUUCAGCCGAUUGCAGAAGAGCCCCUUUGCGAUGGGGACCCUGGCUCUGAAAUGUUCUUUUUGGCCAGCGAGGGGGAAGCUAGGCCUGGAGUUGAAGCAGCCCAGAUGGAGGGCCUAGCUCAGCCCAGCAAUGGCACAGGGGAGGAAAGCCAAGCUGAACAGGAUUCCCAGCUUUUGCAACCCUCUCCCUGCGUGGCUGCCGAGCCUCUGGGAAAAGGGGAGACAGCAGGUUCUGUUCAAGAAGCUGACGGUCCCUUGGUGGAUAAUGUUGACAAGACAGUUACAAGCGCCGAUCAGGCGACAGCCGUGGCAGAAGCAUGUGGUCCCUUGGUGUCUCCGGCUGGAAGCUCUGUGGAAAUCGCCCCCUUAGCAGAGUCCAGAUCUGAGGCACAGCAUGCGGCGGAUGCUGGAUCCAUCCCUAAUGGAGAAGCGGAUUUAAGUUUGCAGCCUGGCGGACUGGCGGAGGGAGCUGCAAGCCCAGCACUUCCAAGCUGUUCACCUGUUGCAGAGGCUGUACAGAUGAAGACCGAAGAAGAGGUGGGUUUCUUGAGGGAUCUCGCUGAGAGCUCGGCUUCCGAAGGAAUGAUUAACCGUGAAAGCUGGAGUCCUGUUGAAACUGCUCAGGAUCCGUCACUGUUGGAGCCAAAGCAUCCAUGUCGUUCUGCAGAAAGUGAUAAUUUCCUAGAAGAUGGACUAAGUGGCGAUUGUACCUCAUCGCAAGACGUACUUAAAAGAAGAUCUGAGAGCGAAUCUGACCUCUUUCCUCUCUCAGGAGAUGGGAUGGACGAGGUGGACUUCGGGAAGCAGCCCGAAGAGGAGCAGUCGGCGGGCGAUAGCACAAGUUCUAGUUUCUCUGCCGACGAUACGCUGUCCCUAGAAAGGAACUCAUCCCUUGGGAGUGACAUCUCCCUCCCUCAGGCGCUAGGCACCAGCAGGCCCAAGGAUCGGUACUCCCUGGAUGGCAGCUGCUUCAACAUGGCAACAAACGCAGAGGGCCAAGAUGGCGAAGCUGGCGUCUCUGGGGAGCUGGACGAAGAGCUGGACAGCAUCACGGAAGUGCCGCCUCCUGCCUCUGCCCUGAAGAGCUCCAUGCGGCCACUGUCUCCUUUCCGCCGGCAUAGUUGGGGUCCUGGGAAGAAUGGCAGCAACGAGGCCGAGAUGAACCAUCGAAGUUACAGCUUAGAAGGCCUUGCUGGGGAGGGUGAUGGUACUAAGAAGCCACCCUCCAGCCUCGAAACAGCAACUCUGAACACCAAAGAUCUCCGGCAAAGCCCCCUGGCAAAUGACGAGCGUGGUUCGCUAGUCUCACUCACCGAAGAGGAACUGGAACUAGAGCAAGGGGCAAUUAGAAGUCUUAACCGCCAGAUACGCCAAAGAUCUCAACCCCGUGCCUUCAGCUUCACUGCAACUCCUGUUUCUCCCCCACUGACUAAGUCCAUGUCAUUGAUGACCAUUGGCCAAGCUGGACCAGACACCCAGGGACGGACUCGGCCAUCCAGACGAAUUUCCUUCUCCUUCAGCAUCUCUCCACUCAUUCCUAAGUCUAAAACUGUCUUUUCUAUUGGCUCUUCUUCCAGUGAUGAGGAUGAGGAGUUGGAUAGUAACAGAUCUUUCAGCAGUACCGGCAGUUCAUUGACUCAAAGCAUCUGCGAGGAGAGCGGCAAUUUCCUGCCUCCCAGCCCAUCCAGAAAGGACUUGGACAGCAAAAGUGGAACGAAAGUCAGCCGCACGUUCAGCUACCUCAAGAAUAAAAUGGUCAGCAGUAAGAAGAGCAAAGAAAAAGAGAAAGAUAAGGAUAAAACAAAAGAGAAGGACAAAGACUCCAAGGAAAAGGACAAGAAGAUGAUCAACGGGCACCUCUUCAGUGCCACUCCGACAGUGGGGCCUGUCCAUUGUUGCCAUUGUUUGAAGCCUUUUAACAAGGACUCCUUUGCCUGUGCAAGUUGUGGUAUUCUGGUCCAUAAAAACUGUAAGGAGAACGUGGUUGCUUGUGCCAAAACCAAAAUGAAGAAAGGAGGAGGCCUUCUAGUCAAUGAUACUUCCUCGUUACCUACAGUAAUUAUGAGAAAUAAGCCCUCUCAGCCAAAGGAGAGACCUCGAUCUGCGAUUCUAGCCCCUGAUGAGAACACCGUGACCUCCAUGUUCAAUAGCAGGCGAUCCCAGCAUAACCCUUCCCUUUCGAAAAGUGUCUCCAUCCAGAACAUUGCUGGAGUUGGGAAUGAUGAAAACAUACUUUCAUGGAAGUUCCUCUCCCAGUCAACGGACUCCUUGAAUAAAAUAAGCCGGGUGAACGAAUCCAUGGAGUCAUUAACAGAUGAAGGUGCAGAUAUGAAUGAAGGCCAGCUCAUGGGAGAUUUCGAAACAGACUCAAAGCAGCUGGAAGCCCAGUCCUGGAGUCAAGUCGUAGACGCCAAGUUUCUCCGGCAACAAAAGAAGGAUGUUGUGAAGCGGCAAGAUGUCAUUUAUGAACUGAUGCAGACGGAAAUGCACCACGUCCGCACCUUGAAGAUCAUGAGCGACGUGUACAGCAGAGGAAUGCUGCAGGAAUUGCAGUAUGAGCAGCAGAUGGUGGAAAAAGUCUUCCCUUGCCUGGACGACCUGCUGAACAUCCACACCCAGUUCUUCCAGCGGAUUCUGGAGAGGAAGAAGGAGUCGCUGGCGGACAGAAGCGAGAAGAAUUUUGUCAUCAAGAGGAUAGGGGACAUCCUUGUGAACCAAUUUUCUGGGGAGAACGCUGAGAAAAUGAAGAAAACCUACGGCAAGUUCUGCGGGCACCACAAUGAGGCGGUGAAUUACUUUAAAGACCUUCAUUCCAAGGAGAAACGGUUUCAAGCAUUCAUCAAGAAAAAGAUGAGCAGCUCUGUGGUGAGGCGUCUGGGCAUUCCUGAGUGCAUCUUGCUAGUAACACAGAGGAUCACCAAAUAUCCUGUGCUGCUACAAAGAAUACUGCAGCAUACCAAAGAAAACGACGAAGAACAUCAAGAUUUGGUGCUGUCCCUAAACCUGGUGAAGGAAGUAAUCACUGCUGUGAACAGCAAAGUCAGCAACUACGAGAAGAAGAUGCGCCUCAAUGAAAUCUACACCCGGACGGACAGCAAGUCUAUCAUGAGAAUGAAGAGCGGGCAGAUGUUUGCCAGAGAGGACCUGCGGCGCAGGAAGUUUGUCCGGGACGGGCCCAUCUCCCUGAGAAAUGCAGCCAGCAAACUGAAAGAAGUCCAGGCUGUUCUCCUCUCAGAUGUUCUGAUAUUUCUUCAGGAAAAGGACCAGAAAUAUGUGUUUGCAUCUCUGGAUCAAAAAUCCACAGUGAUAUCUCUGAAGAAGCUGAUUGUCCGAGAAGUAGCCCAUGAGGAGAAGGGCUUGUUCCUUAUCAGCAUGGGAGGGAAGGACCCAGAAAUGGUGGAAGUUCGCGCCAGCUCAAAGGAAGAGCGCAACAGCUGGAUACAAAGCAUCCAGGACACCAUGAAUACUAUGGAUAAGGAAGAAGAUGAAGGCAUCCCUAGUGAAUCGGAGGAGGAAAAGCGGGUGCUUGACACCAAAGCCCGGGAACUGAAAGAACAGCUCCAUCAAAAAGACCAGCAGAUUAUCACACUGUUGGAGGAGAAGGAGAAGAUCUUUCGGGACAUGACAGACUGCAGUGGGCAUGAGGACAGCUCAGGGGCUAGGACCUUGUUCCGGGCAAACACAGAAGAGGCACCCAAGGGGGAAAGUGUGAUGAAGAGCGUGAUAAAUGAAGUUGAGCUGUUGCAAGGGUUGGUGAGCAGGAGCCUCGGAAGUGCCCUUGGGCAACAGAUGAGCAGCCUCACCUUGGAGCAAGAGGGCGUGGGACCUAUCUCCCUCCCCAGGAGGGCAGAGACAUUUGGAGGCUUUGACAGUCACCAAAUGAAUGUCUGCAAGGGGGUGGAAAAGGUUGAAGGAGACGAUGUGCAGGAUCUUCGGAGGACAGAGUCGGACAGUGUUUUGAAGAAGGGAGGAACAGCUAACUUGAUGUUUGUGCUGAAAAGGAACAAUGAGCAAGUUCUCCAGAGCAUCACUCACCUCCACAGCUUGCUGGGCAUGUUGCAGGCUGUUGUCGUGCAGCAGGACACCUACAUUGAGGACCAGAAGCUUCUCCUGACGGAGAGGGCCCUGACCCGCAGCUCCCUGCGGCCCAACUCCCUGAUUGAGCAGGAGAAGCAGCGCAGCCUGGAGAAGCAGCGGCAGGAGCUGGCCAACCUGCAGAAGCAGCAGGCCCAGCACCAGGAGGAGAAGCGGAAGAGGGAGCGGGAGUGGGAGGCCCGCGAGAAGGAGGUGGCGGAGCGGGAGGCCCGGCUGGCCCAGCGGGAGGAGCAGCUCCAGAAGGGGCACCACAGCCUGGAGAAGGAGCUGGAGGAGCUGCAGCAGAAGAAGGCCACCUACCAGCUUGAUCUGGAGCACCUCCGCGCAGCCCAGAAGCAGCUGGAGAAGGAGAAGGAGCAGCUCAAGAGGGACAUGGAGCAGAUCUCCCAGCUGCGGGCAGAGCCCAACCACAGUCCCCUUUCCAACCAGCACGGCAAGAUGACCAGGACACCUUCCCUUCCUGUGCCCGACGACUCGUCUUCCAGGCAACAGGGCCAUUUGGAGAAAGAACUGUCUGCGUCGCCCAAAAGGAACAGCCUCACAAGGACGCACAAGGAGAAAGGCGCUUUCCACCUGCUUGGCACGACGACGUCGAGCCAAGCCAACAAGGCAGCUGACGGACAGGGUCAGGUGCAGAACCGCCUCUUCGGCUUGGCCAAGCCAAAGGAGAAGAAGGAGAAGAAGAAGAAGGGCAAAGGGCACCGUUCUCAGCCAGCCGAGGCUCAGUCGCCAGAAGCAGCACCGGAGGGCGAGGAAAUCUUCUGCUGACCCCACUGUUCCACCUCCUGCAAGGAUGAGGCUGCCCCGUGCUGUGCCCUGCAGAGCGCUCCCCAGCACAGGGCAGAUGCAGCAGCGACUCUUGUCUGCCUUGAACUGAAUUGUCCUUGCAGCGCAAACCCACCUGCGUGCCUACAAUUUGCAGCCUGCUCCCAACUUCAGGCUCUGCCCGUGUCCUGGAUCCAUGACCUUUUAAAAGGCAGCAGGGGAGGCAAAAGCUUCGGACUCUGCAUGUGGCCAGACUGGGCGGGCUUGGUUUUGGCUGCACGUGUCUCUCUGAAAGGAAAAGGAAAGCAUCCAUUCUGUGUGCAAUGCUGGCUGUUAAGACAGACACUCCCUGCUUCUGUUUUCAUCUCCAAAGAUUGGGGGGAAAGUGCAUCCCAGGUGGCAGCUUGGCUGAUCUUCUAUUGGGGAAGUCCACCAAAAACCAUCGCCCUCUAUAGCAAAAGCAUGGGGCUCUUUAAUGCAAUGUUUUCUACAUUGCCAUAUAUAUAGAUAGUACUGUAUAUAUACUUAUAUAUAAAUAUAAAUAUAGAAAAUGUAGCUGUAUAUCCGUUGGGGUAUGCUUUAAUUCUGUACAGAAAAAAGCUGGCUGAGCUUAGCUCUUCCCUAAAGGUUUAGCUGAAACUGUUCAGGGACUGUGUUGAUAUCAAAUAUCUCUUUACUUGUUGGCACUCUGUUCUAGUGCUUCUUCCACUGGCAAAAACACCUUCUCCCCCAAAAUAUCCAUCUGUGUGUUGGGGAAUGGACGCAAGGCCACGUAGCGGCAAAUUGGCCAACUCAGUUAGGAAGGUGGUUUCCCAUUAGAGAGGCUCUGAGGACCUGUUUGCACACAGAGUAAGUUGUGCCGCAGGAUCCACACACAGGUGCAUUGUGGGAAUACUGGAGGCACUUGGCUGGUUCACAGUUCCAGGGACAGUAUCAGGCAUCUUCUGCUUGAUAGAAGCAAAAGUGUAAGAAUGGAUUUGAGCUGGCUAAGGCUACCAAGUCGGAAGGAAAUAUGAACGGGCAAUCUUUGAAAAUUGAGAGAGAUGGAGUGUAUGUUUUAGGGACAGGGAAGGGGAAUCUGUGGCUCUUGAGACUCCAGUUCCCAUCAUCCCUGACUGCUGGCCAUGCUGGCUGAGGCUGAUGGGAGCUGUAGUCCAACAACUUCUUAAGAGCUACAUGCACCCCCUUCCCUUCUUCAGAAGCCACUUCAGGAAAGCCGCAACAGGCCAAUGUUUAAAUCACAACUACUCUCAAGUCCCUUUUGAAAUGAGCACAAGGGAAGGCCUGACUCCCUGGCCCAAGAACACCUCCUUUCCCAGCUCUCCCACCUCAGCCUUCAGUAUUAAUAGUAGUUUCAACUAGAAAGCCACUAAUUCACCACAGAGAUCACUGACUGCUUUUGCCCAAGAGAUGGUUAGAGGCAAAAACCAACAGCAGCCCAAAUUCUUAUUUCUCUUCCCUUGGCUUUCUGCUUUUGGCUUUUCUCCAAAUUUGCUGGUUCAUCUCUUUGCUAGAAGUGCUACCUUCAUAGCCAUUUUGAAGGGUGUUCAACUGACGGCAACUUGGGUGGGAAAUGAGCCAUAUAAGCAGAAGUGCAAUGGCCUCUCAUUUCCAUGCAUAGCAGAGUCCACUGUAACUUCUGAACAUUCCUCAUCUGGUAAGGGGAACUUGGCGGGUGAGUGAACGCUGUGGCCUUCCAAUUGCAGUAGGACUCCAACUCCCAUCAGCCCCCUGCCUGCACAGCCAAAUGGUCAGGGAUGAUGGGAGUUGUAGUCAGACAACCGCUAGAGGGCCACAGUUUUGCCACCUUUAAGAAUUGCAAAGUUCCACAUCUGGCAUCACAGGUUGCGUCAGUGCAGACCAUCAUUUUGAGGUGGAAGAGAUAAAUAAUGCCCCUCCCAACUGAUAAAAUGGUUCCUUAUAACAUAUGAAAAUACUUGGAUUUGUUUCUCGGACUUAGCACCAUGUGAUAUGGGGGAAACUUUGACAAUUCCCUUUGCAACUUGAAUCCCGGGGGUUGGGGGUAUUCAUUCAUGGCCAGUUUCCCAGCUUUUAAAUGAUUGGGUGGCUCAGCCUUUAGGAGGGUUUGGUGCAUAGUUCUUCCUUCUUUUCUUUUUGGACUCCAGUUAAUUCUUCUGGCCAUGCACACUCCAGUGUUUGAGUCGCAGACUGAGCGUCCUUCACUCUGGCGGAUACAAGCAUAGCGAGUCAGGCCAGAUCCAGUGACUUCUUGACUAUUUGGCGUUGCUCCACCAGUCACACUUAAUGGGUGCACCUGCUGAUUCCUGUACAGGUGAUGCUUUAUCAGGUUCAGAAAUGCAUCCUGUGAGAUUGGUGCUUUCUGUAUGGAAUCUCAGAAAGCUGUUUUUCCUUCUGCAAAGCAAGCGGUGACCCUGAGUGGGCGAAGAGAUUAAACUGCAUCCUUCAUUGCACUGGGAGCAAGAAGGCAGCAGGGCAGAGAGGGAUGCAGCCCCAGUGGAAAAAAAUUUGGAGUUGGUGUGUGAAAGGACUUUCUCCCUAGCACCUUGUGCCAAUGCAAAAAGAAUUGUGGAACAAGCUGGCAAAGUAGUUCAUUAUGUGGUGAUGCCAAGGGAAGAUGAAAGGUCCCCUGUUAUGAUAUUUUUUAAUAAUAUAGACUCCCCAGAGAUUACUCCUGUAGACUGGAGAAAAGGGCACAAAUAGUGCCCUCUCUUGCCUUGCCUCUGCCCCGCCAAAUCCCUGAAGCAUUUUGAAAGCUUCCUUUUCCUAACACGUUUUCAGACUUAUUUUUUAACGAAAGGUUUGCACUAUUGUCCUGAUGCCUUCUCCCUUUAGAGCGUCUCAGGAUUUGUGUUGUUGUUUUUUCCAUGCAAGAAUCUUGCGCGGAAAAACAGAGAAAACUCCGUAACAAGCCUUCAGUGCUGGGACCGCGGCAGGUACGUCGGGUCUGUCUUGGCCAGCAAUGGAGAACCUCCCUCAGCCUGGCUGAGUCUGAAAGCUCUCUAAGCAAUUCACUCUCCAGAAGCGCAGCAGGAGGCAGCUGUGGAGGUCUACUUUUUAUUAUUGUUGUUACUUUAAUUAUUUUGUUGUUGUUGUUGCUUGUUCUCUUGACUGCAAGCUGGGCUUGCCAUAAAAAUAAAUAAAUCUUUCUGUUUGUUUGAAAGAGAUCUGGAUUUAAAAAGAAGAAGAGAGAAACGUUUACUGAGCUGUUUUGUCAAGCCCAAAGUGGGGUUUUUUUUUGCUUCUGUAAAUAUUAAAUCGAUAAAUUAAAAAAAAAAAUGACCUGUAGAGCAUUGAAUGCAAUUGACCACUGCUAGGGAACAACCUCUAAAACCCAGUGUCCCUUCGCCACUUUUCAGAGAUCUAAAGGCAGGUUGAAGGCAGAUCACUUCUCACAUUGGAUAUGCUCAUCCCAUUUUCGGUGCUGCUAAAUGAGUUUUUGCAGGCUGGAGUAACUUUUUCCCCCUUAAGCUGUUUGUCCAGAGGUGGCAGUGAGAGAAAAUGAGCAUGUAUAAGACACAGAAAGCAGAGCCUGCCCGGAACCACCUUCAUUCCUCUCCAAAACUAUUGUCUCCAACUUUAUUUAAUUAUAGCAGACUAGCUGUUGCUGCUCAGCCUUCUCCCCUCCAUCUCCUUCCCCAUCCGCGCUUUACAAUCCAGUUUUCAUCAAUGCAAAGGACCACGAUCCACAGUGUCUAUAUAGUUUCCCCUUUAGCAGUGCAGCUCAGUUUUAAAGCUCAAGACGAAUGGUUUAAUCUAGUAUUAUUAUUGUCCGUGGGUCGUUGCAUGGAUGCCGAGAGGCACCAGAGGCUGGGAGCAAAAUGGAAUGCCAUUUCAUGUGGUAACAUUUUAGAAAAAGAAAAGAGAAGUUUCUAAAAGUCUGCUGCCAUUGUUCUUUUUCUUCACACAGAGAGUCCGGUGUUACAUACAUGUAAAAAAAAAGGAGAUAUGCAUUUGUGUAUUUAAAUAAAAUCUGUAGGUGUUCAAAGGUUCCUUCUACUCAAUUAUUCUCUGGUUCAGCUUUCCUCAACCUGGUUCCUUCCAGUGGGUGUUGUUGUGACCCAAAAGCAUCUCAAGGCCACCAGGUUGGGGAAAGCUGAAUUAUAUAUGGUUAAAAUAAAGGUAUGAUAAUUGCUUUCUGACAGUGAACGAGUAUAUUUGCAUACCAGCCAGAAAAAUGUAUUAUAAUGAUGUUGUCCACUCAUUUGGACUCUCUCUCUCUCUCUCUCUCUCUCUCUCUCUCUCUCUCUCUCUCUCUCUCUCCCACCCGCCCCACUAUCUAGGCUUGUAUAAGGGUACCUGUUUCAUAUUUCUGGUUGAAAGUAAUGUUUAAAAAACACACUUUAAAAAUAGAAACACCAACAACCUAAACUGUGUAAAAAAACACCAACAACCUAAACUGCUAUAUGUUAAUUUGUAAUUAUGUAAAAAGUAGGUUACUGAUUGUAAAAUUUUACAAAGCUCCCCCCCCCUUGUAAUUUGCAAAAAAAGAAGAAGAAAAAUCAGAUUUUUGUAAUAGCUUUUAUUUAUCUGCCUUCCUUAUUAAUUAAUGAGAGCAAUUUCUUGUAAAGUCGUUUCCCCCUCCCCUCUAAAUAAAUCUUGGUUUUAAGUCUGAUGAA